AUGGGGGCCCGAGUGACCCGUUUUAUGAAAAGACCACUCGAAACACAGCGGAAAGUGGAGAAAAUUCUGGAAAAUAAACCCAGACCAGCACCACGUUACCCGAGCUCCAAGGCUGCGUUAGCUAAGGAACAAAAAAGUGAGUAUUUUAAACAAAUAUCGGCUUUUAAUUACCUCCUCUAGAGAAAUGCCACUUCGAUGAGGUUAAGGUGGUUAUGUAAGAUCAAAUUUUAACGAAAUUAUCAUUGAUCGAUGAACAGUCGAUGAACAGUUAAAUGUGAUAUAGAAAAGCUAAAAGUCUUUUUGGCUAACGUCAGGAUGGCUCAGUCCUUAUGUUGUUGCAAGAUGUAUGCAUUGGUUUUAGGGAAGUUGUUAUAGGGUACCAAAGAAAUAGUGUUUAGAUUACACCAAGUAGGGCCCUUCUAGGUUGCGGGGAGGGGGGGGGGGGGGGGUGGUGGUGAACAGGGGAGAGUUGUAAAUCCCUAGUCCUUGUUCCGUUUGGUACAUUAUGCUCCUCUAACUGUAAAUCUGGCGAGGGAGGGGAGGAGAGACCCAGACCGGGGGUUAGGGUAGGUGCACGAUGGGUCUUUUUUUUGACAAUACUAGAAAGAAAAGUCACAGUGUAUCUCUCCUCCCUCACACCGCGCCAGUUUAAAUAUCCAUCAACGCUGAUGUUCCACACCAGACCUGGAGGUCAGACAUCGAUUACCUCCUUGUGAUCCACCACCGCGAACCCCCCCACCAGCCGGCAGCGUAUCACGCAUGUGCACGGCUGAGAGGAGGAGGUAGGAGGAGCGUGGUGGUGAACAGGGGAGAGUUGUAUAUCCCUAGUCCUUGUUCCUGUUGGUACAUUAUGCACCUCUAAAUGUAAAGCUGGCGAGGGUGGGGAGGGGAGGCCCAGUCUGGAGAUUAUGGCAGGUGCACGCUGAGUUUUUUUUUUAACAAUACAUAAGUAAUAAGGGCCUAAAAAUGGCCUUGCAUGCACAAGAUCUCAUGGAGUUCUGCCAUACUCUGCAGACAAGGGGGGUGGGGGGGGUGGCAGGGCAUGGGGUGGGGAUUUGAUUGCCUUUGUUGGUCCUUAAUGCUUUAAGAUAUUGUGGUAUUUAAAAGUAACUGGAAGCUCUGUUUUCAAAACAAAACUCCAUCAGGUUGAAAACUUGCAGUGAGGUUUAAAAUUCUUGAGGCCUUUAACCCAAGGGAGAGAAAAUCUUAACGAUUUUGAAUUUUCCUGACCAUAUUUGUACAUAAUGCGGAAGUAAGUGCCCCGGUCAGUAAUCAAAACUUAAAAAUAAAUUUCAUUUGGUGCCAUUCACAAAAGAACCUAACAUCUCAUUCUUAUAUGUUAUCUAUGGGACAGGGCCGUUAGUGGAUAUUCUAUAAUUUAGAUUGAGCUCAGUAUAAGAUUAAUACUUAAGUUUUAAAAAGACUGCAAUGCUUUACGGGACUAAAAUGUUUUGAUACUGUUGUUGCAUUUCAAUAAAAGGUGUCAGUUAUUCUUUUACUAGAAUCCAGAACAUAGGUAAAACUUAAGUCAAGGGUAGCCAUGUGAAGCCCAAGGUGGGGAAAUUUUUGCGCAUUUGACUGGAAUGAUUUGUUUGUGGGCAGAGAAUUUGACGGAAAUUUUUGAAAAAUGUCAAAUCCACACCCCACACCCCAUGCCCUGCCUAACACCCCCAUUACAUUGAUAGGUGCAUUGGUAUUGAACUUCUGCCUGUCCUUGCCACAGUCACAGACACCACUUUAUCACUAGUAAGUCACAAUUUCAAGGUCCUAGUUUUGGUCAGAUUUCACUCAAACAGGACCUCCAAAGAGGUGUCAGUUCGAAGCUUGCUGGAGAUCUAAACAUGUCACAGUAAGAUAAAAAGGUGAAAAAGGAUUUUCAGCGGUACAUGUCCACAACUUGCAUUCAUCAGCAGUAGGUGAACUUGGUAGUUGAUUUCCAGUUCAGAAGUUUGUUUGUAACUUAUCUUUUGGUGAUGAAACCUUGAUAGUAAGUUGCACCAUAACAGUAUUAUCAAUGUUCAAAAACAUUCUUAGGUUAAAUUUUUAUAUUUUCAUCCCUUGAUAUUUUUUUGAGGGGCAAGGAUUGAAUGAUAGGGUCUUGUAACAUGGUACUAACUAUUGAGCAUGUGUAUGAAAUCCUGCAAUGUUACCAUUCAAUAAAACCUCCAGUACUCUUACUCUCAGUACAAUGUUUAUUUCAAUAUAAUUUUCCAAAAUGAGAUUUGGAGUUUUUGUUGAAUUUUGAAUUUGGCCUGUUCUGGGACAGAAAGGGAUACAAGAAUUAAUGCAGGGUUUCAGCAGCCAAAACUAAACCUCUGGUUAAGUCCGUCUGCAAAGCAGCGUUGAAAUCCUUGUUCUGCGCCCCCACUUGUGUACCAGGAUUUGAGUACGUGCCAUGAUAAGCCUGCUAAAAAGGCCAUUGUUUGAUUCACCAAUCAGUGUGAUGGGAAAUUCGAAAGGCAAUUCUUUUUAAUUUGUUGAGUUCACUAGGAAGGAGUCCAGGACAAGGAUCUCUGUGCUGCUUUGCAGACAUUACUAGCCAUUAUAUCUGCUGUGCAAGCUGUGUUUUAGUGGUGAAACUAAUGGGAUUACAGUAGUAUAGUGGAUAGGAUAGGAUAGGAUAAGUGCUUUAUUAUCAACAGAGCGCCUACAGACACAUGUGUUUACAACGAUAACAAAGUUUUUAGUGCAAUAAUUACAGAGGUGUACAUUCGUAAAAUUUAUACAACUGUUAAACAAGGUUAUAUUUAACGCGUCUAUCUCUUUCGCGGAAGCGAUCAUAUACGUAUUUAGCCACAAUUUUUGCGUUUUCUCUCCUUGCUUCAUACUUACCAACAUUGUAAAGGCAGAGCUUGGAGUCAUAGAGUCAAGAAUAAGAUUAGUUUCCUUUUUUAGCGUAUUGAACAACUCUCUCCUAGGAUCCCUAUAGGCUAUGCAAUUCAUCAAAUAAUGCUCCUCGUCUUCUAAUCCAGUUUUACAUAAUGGACAGAUUCUUUGGUCUGGUGGUUGAUAGGGUUUAAUGGUGGUUGAUAGGGUUUAGUGUCCAUUCCAUGGAUGGUGGGACACUCCCUUAUUUGGCCUAAACAGGUGUGCACCAAUAAAAAGGAGAUUGGUUUACAGCAUCUUGAGUCUAGAGCAACGUACAUUGUAUACAAUUUCACUAUUUAGCAUCAUGAACAGGGUAUGAUCUGAAGUCUUAAAAAAUAGAUGAGUAGUCCACAUCUGUGGUACCUUCAAUUUUUUCCAAAAGUUUUUUUUGCUUAAACGGGGUCAGGGUUUGAAGGCCUCGGCUGCACACCGAUGCCCAAACGUUCCUGGUCAUUGUACAUUGCUGGGAAACUGCCCACCUACCCCUCCCCUAAGCCAACAUUUUGCCUUAAGUGAGAAGUAAGUGUUAAUGUUGGCUUAGGGGAGGGGUAGGUGGGCAGUUUGCCAGAAAUGUAUAAUGAUCCAACUUCCCUUGAGUGCCUCCCCCUCCCCCUCCCCUGGUUGUGCAUCAUAAGUGGUGUCUGUAAAUGGAAGUUUCACUUUGGUCAUUCCAUCCUCUCCUGGUUUUCAGGUAAUGAAGAACUGUUUAAAGAACGGGACCAAAAAGAUGAUGAAUUUUUAGAUAGGCUCAAAGAAUUCAAGAUAGAUUCCACAGACCCACAAAGUGAAAAGGUAAGAAAACCAAACAAUGAAGACUGGUUAACAUCCUCUGAUGUUUUAUUCCAAUCCUUUCAAUGGCCAGUGGAAACAUCAAACUUUAAUUGAUGAAACUUAGAAUUUGCUAGCCUGAGGGCAAUUUCUGCCAGGGGGGGACCUAGGAGCAGGGGGGAAAAAGAAGGAGGGGAGACUGCCUGAUCACAAACAAAUUUGCAGGAAAUUUAUCUUUCACAUGCUUCAGGAGCACCCAACAAGAAUACAGUUAAAAACCACUUAAACAUAGCAUAGUUAAACGUAUUUAAGCAUUUAACGGUAGAUAUAGGCAUUUUUUUAUCCCCUAAAAAUUUUUCAUCUGUUCGGAUUUCCUAACUGAAAGUCUAGUGAUCCCAAAAUUAUAGAGAUCAAAACUUACCUUUUCGAAAAUCUCAUCCAGAGAAAAGUCUCCUGAAAAUUGUAGGUGACCUUUUUAGGGUAAAAAUCGGUUAAAAACAUGCAAUUAUACCAUUUUUUAGAUAUUCGAAAAUCCUAGGAGAGGCAGGCAAGCAAGAAGUUUUACAUCAAAUGUUCCGAAAAUUCUAGAUCUCAAAUCGUCUUCUGAACAGACAUUUUCCGAAAAUUGACGUUGGGUGCCCCCUUAUGUUUGAUUACAUUCAGUGCCUCUUUCCGCACUGUCCUCGCUCUUGCUUUUCUCUUUCUGCCAUAUGUCUUCAUGUUUGACAGAGUUUCUUAUGUAUAAGUUGAAUGUUAGGCCUAGGAGGCACUUUGUGUGAUGUCUAUCAUAAAGACACUGAAUUUAAUAACAGUGGCACCCCGCCAUACUACCACCCAGUUAUAACACUACCAUUUUUUUGUGGCACGAACAAAAGCCCACACAUUCUAUUAUUAGUCCCCAGUACUUAUUUUCUUUAUAAAAUUACCUCGUUAAUACGACCGGUUAAAUUGCCUGGUGAAGAACAAUGUAGACAGACAAUUUGACAAAUUGCACAUUCUAGCUUGCACAAAGUGACAAUCUUGGUUCUUCGGCUCGGGAAUCAUGAAUAACGAGACUCUGAGAAAAGCUCAACUAAAUACACGUAUGAAUUAAUUGCGUUCGAUCCAGGGAAUGCAGGAUAUGGCGUUUCCGAGAGUCCAAUUUUCAAAAAAUUUUCCGGGGGAACAUGCUCCAGGACCCCCCUGUAUAAUUCGUGCAUUCGGGGUUGACAGUACGCUUGUUUCUCUAAUAACCUUGUGCUUAGUGUUCAGUUACAAAAAAGCUCCAUGCCAAGACAAAACGAAUGAUGAUACCAAGUCUGAAUGAAGCAGAAGUUUGAACACCAAAGAAUACAAAACGAGACUAAGUUGCCCCUGAGAAAAUCAGUAAGUCAAUAGGUGAUGAUCAGAAGUCUUCGUGAAUCACGAAUCUGAAUUCUUGUAGGAAUCAUGAAUCAUUGAGGCAAAAAUGACAGGAAUCAUGCACAUCAAGAUUCAAGUGAUUCCGCUUCUACCCCCGAGACAGCAAUGAAAACGCCAGUUAUGAGAAGUGAAGUUCUGUUCUUUGACCAAGACUCCAUUGCAAUUAUUCCAACUUGCUCCCUUUGUCGAGUAAGGACUUAUUCUCUCAGAACUGCAUUUUUAAGGACCGUAUCCAUCUUCACAGGGAAACGAAAAAUUCUUAAUCGGCUGCUAACCAUGGUCACCCCUUAAACCUCUCAUUGAAGCAAAUAUCCUGUUGGAGUCUUGCAGUGACGGCAAAGAAAUGAACCAAAAUAUGUGAUGUUCAUAUGGUUUAAAUACCUACUGCAUGCUUUUUUGACAAUUCGUUCUCGUUGCUGUCGCCGUUGUACUUUCUGCCCUCCCCGCCCCCCAGCUUACUUGUGCGAUAGCAUACUUUUCCGCAAAAAUUUCACUUUCGCUAAACGUUUUUUUUUUUGCACUACAAUAUCAACAAUUUGAUUUUUUAUGGACAUGUUUCAAAUUCUUUUAUUUAACUUGGGUGGGCACCCAGUAUUGGUCUUUGUAUCCCUUUUGGGCAUUCAUCCGACCCUUUUUUAACUAUUUUGUUUUUUGCAACGUACUAUGUAUAUUUUAUUAAGAUUCAUCUUACCCAAUCAAGUAUGGAUUAAAAAUGUAGAAAGGAGCGUGAAAGGCUCACUUUUCCUCACCUCGUUGGCUUCCGCGCUGCCAAAAUUUUCCCCGAACUCGCAAAAGUAAGCCUGCUCGCAGGUUAGCAUAGAUAGAGGGGUCUGUCAUCUUGAAUUAAGCACUUCUCUUAAUACCUUUUUCAGCGAAUGCCAACAGGCGAAGAAUCUGAAAGAAAAUUACCCCGGUCACGUGAGCCAAGAUACCCCAGGGAAAUUGGGGAACCACCCAAGGGGAAAAUAACUCCGGUGAAAUUAUCAGAACUUUUCGCAAGAAGACUGCAGGACCCAGAUACAUGGACAGAGGAAAAACUCGCCGAACAUUAUCAGCUGGAUAAAGAGGCACUGCGUGCCGUUUUAAAAUAUUUUAGUGAUUAUGCUGUUGUCAAGAAGAAAGACUUCCCAAGACCGCAAGACGAUGUACCAUUUCUCGGAUGACGAAGUUGUAGCAAAUAGGGCUUGCUGAUGAAUUUCGUGGAUGGAAUUAUGUUCAGUGCAUUGUGCAGCAUUUCGUUUGUUGCGUAGAUCUCCU